UUGUAUAGGAGGACGCAAGGUGAACAGAAAUAUCAAAACAAUGUCAGCAUACCAGAUUGUAGAAAUAUUCCUUCAUGAAAAAGGGGAUGACAAAGAAUGAAAUUAAAGGCAAUGUUGAUAUCGAUAUUAAUAGUUGUGGGCUACAUAUGCCUGCAUAUAAACGCUUGUAAAUGGUCAGAUAGAACCUUGGAUUUUGUUGCUUCUUGUCCAGCAACAAAAGACGAGACAAAUACAGCAGCAAGAAACAAAAGAUGCGAAGUCGUUGCGUGGAGGCAGAACUGUACUAAACCAUCUAACUUCAAGUAUCAUUGUCUAUAUAAUUACCGUCAAAAGGGAUUUGUUGAAGUUUGCUCCGUGGAGAGCUAUAUUCAUGGUGUAUGCAUCGUGUUUGAUUCACGAUUAUCAAAGAUACAGCCUGUUUACAAUGCAAAAUGUAGAGACAAAUCUGCAUCGUGCCCAGCGAAAUACCUGUCGAGUGAGGGACAUCUGUAUGCAACUUGUCCUGAGUUAUUGAACUUGACAUUUUUUGAUAUAAAAGGUGGUGACAAAAAUCAGAAUACCCCGGAGAACAAAAGCCAGACUGGGGUGUAUCUGGCUGUUAUAAUACCAAUUUUAAUCAUCAUUAUUAUCAGCAGUAUAUCUUUCUUUAUCUACAAGAGGAGACGUAAUCGCCGUAGUCGACAACAUGACGAAGAAAGAAUUCCUUUCCUACGUAAAGAUCCACUCUCCGAUCUAACUGAAGACGAAGUAUUUGUGUUAUUCUGUUUUCUGUGUUCUGACUCCGGUCCUCCUGACUUCACUGACACAGAGUGGCUGGACAUGCUUAAUGAGAUACGACAGAGAGCAGAUGAUAAAAAUAAUCCUGUAAAAAGUGAGAAAGCACAACAGAUGCUAGACAGACUGAAAUCACGUGAGUUCCUUUGGGAAGACCAGGACAAGAUAAAAGAGGACAAAAAGAAUCAUAUAAUGGAUAGGAUUACAUCAAUGAAGAAUUAUAUACCAUUUCCAUACAUUAGUUAUGUAACAGCCAGUGUGUACUUGAGAUCACAUAAAUACAAUAAGAAACCUGGAGAGAAAUGUUUAAGCAAUUCAAGCUGGGAUUCACUAUUGAUACGGCGUCUACAAAUAAAUGUUCUUACUCACGUCACUAUGGAGGACACAAGUAUAUAUGAUGAAAUAUAUCAGAUAUUGAAUAUCCCAGACAAUAUACUAAAUGAUAGUGAAGAUAAUCGAGAACAAUUUCUACUGGACCUAAGAAGAGAUGGGGAAGCUUUUCAUUACCUUAGAAAAUGCAAAGAUAGUGUACAUCAGGUGACAUGGCUAUGGAGAUAUUGGAUAAAUGCGAGACCUGACAUCGUAAGAUCCUGUAUAGGUCUACAUCCACACAAUGAUAUUUACAUCAUUGACAACAAAGCUUACAGAAAACCAAGUUCAUUCCAUUUGUUUCAAUCGAAUGUCAGAUGUUUACUGUAUACCUUGCUUUCAGUUGAGAAUUAUAAGCUAGAUGUCAAUAAACAAUCCCACAGAAUCACAAGGGACAAAAUCAGAGAGAGAUAUUUCCCUGAUAUUACUGACGACGGAUUGGAAGAUCUUCCUGAUGGAAUCACAGAAACCAAGAAAAGUGUGAUAACCUUUUUAUCAGACGACAUCCGACAUGAUGUCAUGUACGCCUUUGUGACGGAGUGUCUGGUGGAGGACAGUGAUCUGGAGUUUUUCUUAACAAUAGCGUCACGUGACGUGAUAUCAGAAUACUGUAGAUCCUGGGAUUAUAAGAGAAGUGAUAGAGAGAGGUGUCUCUAUUUACCAGUUAGACCGGGAGAAUUGUAUAACAUUUUUAUAGACAAACUACAGCUGGACAUCAUUUCACACUGCACCGUAACUGAUCGGGAGAUUCAUAACAAAAUAAGUGAACAAUUGAGAGUUCCGGACGAAGUGCUGCAGUGGGACCAAGAGGCGAGGGAGCGUUACGUGAAGUAUGCUAAGUCAGGAACAGAGAGAGUGCAUCAUGCCCGGGGGAUGAUUGUGGGAUGUGCUGGGGCGGGGAAAACCACGCUUCUUAAACGCCUGCUCGGAUGUACUGAAGAAGAGAUUAAGGAAGUAAAAUCUACCGAGGGAUUGGAGGUGCAUGACGAAGUCUUUGAAAUAUGUGAUGAAACAAAAUCUCUGAAAGAUGCCCCCUGUAUGGCAUCAUAG